AAGGAUGGGCCCUUUUUUCCGGGCGAUUUGCAUCGUGCUGCUCGCCCUGACCGCCGCUGUCUCGCUGGCCUCUGUCGGCCAUGAGGACUAUCCCGCCACGGACGAGGCCGAGAGAACUGCCAACAAUGACAUCAUUUUCGAUGACUACCGAGGGAAAGGUUGCGUGGAUGACAGUGGUUUCGUGUACAAGCUCGGGGAACGCUUCUUCCCGGGCCACUCGAACUGCCCGUGCAUGUGCACGGAGGAUGGACCUGUCUGUGACCAACCCGUGUGCCCUAAAAUACACCCCAAGUGCACCAAGGUGGAACACAACGGGUGUUGCCCCGAAUGCAAGGAGGUCAAAAACUUUUGUGAAUACAAAGGGAAGACUUAUAAAAUCCUGGAGGAGUUCAAGCCUUCGCCCUGUGAAUGGUGCCGCUGUGAGCCAAAUAACGAGGUGCAUUGUGUGGUCGCUGACUGUGCAGUACCGGAGUGCGUCAACCCAGUGUAUGAGCCAGAACAGUGCUGCCCCAUCUGUAAAAGCGGUCCAAAUUGCUUCGCUGGAACGACGAUCAUCCCAGCUGGCAUUGAAGUGAAGGUGGACGACUGCACCAUCUGUCGGUGCCACAGCGGGGACUGGUGGAAGCCUGCGCAGUGCUUGCGUCGGGAGUGUCUCAACGGCCAGACAUCAUCAUAGAAACCCUCCGGAGCUGAAGGGAGGGACACAAUGAGAUGUGUGGCACGACUGUCGGCGCAGGGGCCACCUUCUGACAGAGACGGACUAAUUGGCAGGAGCACAAUUCCUCUGGCAAACUGAGAUGGGCUGGACGUGCUGAGAUACAUGGGACAUACUGUACACUCAAACACAAACACGCAUAAAAGUCCUUGGCAGAAUCAUAACAAGUGUCUUUAACUGAGGCCACAUUUUUCUCCUGUGAUGAGUUCAUAGUUGGGUGAACUUCAUGAAAACAUUUCACUCCAAAAUCAAAAGAAUACAAUUAGAAAUUAUAUUUAAAAUAAUCCAUUAUAUAUAUAUCUGUGUGUGUGUGUGUGUGUGUGUGUUUGUGUAUGUAUC